ACCAGUUAUGGCGUCUGACUUGUUUUAAUUAUGUACUAUUGCACAGCUUUAUAAGUGCUUUGGUCAUAGAAGCGGAAAGAUGUCGCCUCUCUUACUUGCCUUUGUUUUAACAAUCAUAUCAUACAAUGAGGGUGGAGCAGUGCAACCACCAACAUUCAAGCUGAAUGAUGGAAACGAGAUUCCAGCUAUAGCCUUGGGAACAGGAAGAGGAACAGCCAAAGAAUCAGAAACACUUGAAGAUGUACGUCAAGCAGUAUAUUGGGCUAUAGAAGCAGGAUACAGACACAUCGAUACUGCAGCCGUUUAUUUCGAUGAGGAACAAGUCGGCCAGGGAAUAGCUCAGGCCAUUGCUGAUAAACUAGUCACCAGGAAAGAUCUCUAUAUUACCACCAAACUUUGGAACGACAAACACCGCCGUGAGCAGGUUGUACCAGCUCUGAAGGAUUCACUCAAGAAACUAGGACUUGACUACGUUGAUCUCUACUUGAUUCAUUUUCCGGUCGCUGUCAAGGCUGACGGUUCCUCUGAUGACGUGCACUAUGUGGACACCUGGAAGGGAAUGAUGGAAGCCAAGGAGCUCGGCCUCACUCGCUCCAUUGGUGUCUCCAACUUCAACACAACUCAGAUAGCAGAUCUAAUACAGCGUACUAAGGUGGUACCUGCUGUGAAUGAAAUUGAGGUUAAUCCAACACUUACCCAAGAAGCCCUUGUGAAUUACUGCCAGUCCCAAGGUAUUGUUGUGAUGGGCUACAGUCCUUUCGGUUUCCUGGUCAGCAGACGGUCAGCUUCUGCGCCUCCGCCAAGGUCAGACGACCCUGUACUAGUAGCCAUGGCGCAGAAAUAUGGAAAGACUACAGCACAAAUUGUUCUUCGUUAUUUGAUCGAGAGAGGAAUCGUACCCAUUCCUAAGUCUACGAACAAGGCACGUAUUGUCCAGAAUAAAGAUAUUUUCGACUUCAGCCUCACGCCUGCGGAGGUCGAGGCGAUCAACAAGUUUAAUAAAAAUAUUCGUGUCAUCAGCAUAUCGUCGUGGCAAAACUAUCCGUUGUACCCUUUUUGUGAAUACUAAUAAUCUGAUUGUAAUAAACAGAUUUUCUUAAAA